AUGGACAUCGGUGACUAUGAUCACGAUCCUUUUUCCAGUGAAUGCCUCUGGAGGCUUUCCAGGUUCAGCAUAGAGGCUCUACAGCCCUUGGAGUCUCUUCCAUGGAACGCAGACUUGCCAGCUAUCCCAAAAGCUUGCUUUCGAGGCGUACCGGAAUCUAUAGAGAAGAUCGAUCCGAUAUGGAAGCUCAACGUCUUCACGAACGACCUCCAACCUUCAGAGUCCGCGGACUCCAGCAUCCAUCAUUCAAUAGAUGACCUGUCUGAAGUACCAAGUGAAUCAUUGCAUGAUACAGAAGAAGAAGAGGGUGAUGAUUUGUGGUCAUUGAAGCACCUGCAACAAGACGCUGAUUACAUCGCACCAUUGAAGUCCUGGGAGAAGUACGCGGAUCGCGCGUUCGACGAACCUAUUUCCGCAUAUUUCAGUGAAUCGGGUGCUCAGGGCUUUGAUGCUGCAAUUUCACACCAAGAGGAAGUAAAAGCUCACGCUUCUACGCGCCUUGUUCGAGAUGACCUUUUCAUUCAAUCUCUCUUGCGUCUUGGGUUAGGAUGGAACUCCCUAUUCUUCCGGUAUAACAAGGAGAACAAGUUAUUCGAGAAGUCCAUGACAAAUAUUCGGGUCUCUGGGCUGUCUUCCUCGGUGAUGGAUAGUGUCAUCUCCGAGGUACUGCAGUGCGGUACGCUCAUGCAGUGGGUUCGUGCCUUUGCAAAAGCUCCAGUGACAAAGUCUAAGGGCUUAUCUUCCGUAUUUACCUUACGAGGUGCUAUGGCUGUGAUAAUAUUCAACCUCGAGAAGCAAGUUCUCGCUAAUUGUGGCAACGUCGUCUCGGUCCUGCAAGUUGCCAUACUCUUCGACCGAUGUCGAGAAUUGCUAGGAGCCCUGGCUGACAUUGUCGCUGCCGUGGAAAAGGCUGUGUCGGAUUCUGAAAUUAUCUCCACAGUGAUAGACCGGGCGGCAUAUUUCGCCCAUAAAUUCGGCUGGAUGGAGAACCUUUUGCACGAAAUCGUGGUUCAGAUAACGGUCCCUUGGCUCGGUUUCAUUGAGGGUUGGAUUGGUCUCCGGCCUGAGGAGGCAUCCCUCAAUGAGCUUUUAGCUAGCGGUAGAACCUUUGUUCAACUUGACCGCUAUGAUGAUCCCAACAAGUUCAGAAAUGCCCCGACGCGUUUUGAAUACAGUUAUCUGGAACACCACAUGCCUUCUUUCAUCCCUCGCGAGCAAGCAGAGUUGAUUUUUGAAAGUGGUAGAAGUUUACGCCUACUCAAAAAGUCACACCCACACCAUCCUCUUGCUAGACAUGACGCCCUCACUAGGGCUGGCUGUCUUAAUCUGCAGUGUGCCACCGCCUGGACAGAUAUCGAGCGAAUCCAAGCAAGGGCCGACGAAUAUGAAAGGAAACUUCGAGCUGAGAUCUUGAAAUAUCACAAGGGUAAAUCGACGAUUCAGUCGAUGAAUCAAAUUCCCUCUGCGCGAAAGACCGAUGAUAGUCCGGAAGAGGUCACCGAAAAGACCUUUCAGCUAUUCGAUAUUGACGACAAAGAACGUAUCUCGUCUUCUGCGAUGGAUCGCUCUGCUUAUUCAAAUGAAAAUGUCGACCAGAUGCUUCAAACUGCCCGGGACCUGGAUUCCGAUCCUCUCAAUACUGUUCACCGAUUUGGCCCGGACUUAAAAUCUGCGCUUUAUUUAUCGCUUGCGCCUGUGGUGUCAUCCCAGGCACAGCUGAUUGAUUUCUCCUGUCUUCAUCACCUUUUCAAAGAGCACAAACUACGCCACCAUCUGAACAUGCAAUGGCGAUUCCAAUUACUAGGCGAUGGUUCAUUCACUGCCAGUCUUACAAGUUCUUUAUUCGCGCCUGAGAUGGAGAGCGGAGAGCGGAAGGCCGGCGUGGUACGGAGUGGAGUCCAUACUGGACUAAGGUUAGGCAAUCGUGAAACCUGGCCUCCAGCCAGCUCUGAGCUGCGAUUGGUUUUGAUUGGCCUUCUUGGUGACUGUUAUUUUGGAAAUACCGAGCCGGAAGACCCAGAGAACGCGCAACUGAGAGACAACGAGCUUCCCGGAGGACUCAGCUUCUCGAUUCGAGACCUAACACCCGAAGAGAUCAAACGAUGCCAGGAUCCAAAUGCAAUCGAGGCUUUGGAUUUUCUCCGUCUCCAAUACAAACCCCCCGAGACUCUGGAGACCCUCAUUACCAUGAAGUCCUUGGAAAAAUAUGAUCAGCUAUUCAAACAUCUACUACGUCUUAUCCGCAUGGUAACUGUUGUCAAAGGUCUGAUUCGUGACUCCAACGCCCGAAAUUCCCUCGCAGGGGACAUACGAAAUGUAUUUCAAAAAUUCCGAAUUGAUGCUCAGCACUUCGUCCUUGCGGUCAGCGAUUAUUGCUUUCAUAUCGGAGUCGGCUCUACCUGGAGUCGCUUCCAAGAGACCCUUGCCAAAAUUGAACGUUGUCUCGAUCGCGACGACAUUGAUGGCACGAUCGAGACCGCCCAUUCUGUCACUCAUCUUCGUCACUUCCACGUCGACAUCUUGGACCAAAUGUUGUUUGCACUCUUCCUAAGUAAGAGACAUACCCCGGCUGCGAAAUUGCUUGACGGCAUCUUUGGCACAAUCCUUGCCUUCAGUUCGCUGUCAAAAGCCGACGGCUUGAACGGGCUCCGACAUGGAAAUGAAGGUACCGUGCACCACUUGUACAGCGUGUUCAAAAAACAAACAUCCACUUUUGUCAGCUAUCUACGAGGACUGGAUACCGGCACAACCUCCUCGAAAUCCAUGUCAAACUCAGGCGCAUCCUUCUCUCUACAGAAUGAGCCUACUAGUGUUUUCGAGCAUCUCCGAGUCAGACUGGAGGUGCGGGAUUACUACUAA